AUGGAAUGGAAUCAACAUGCAAUAUGGAGAAAUGGACCUGAAGACUCCCCAAGCGGGAAACCAGACCUCAUGUACUAUAUGCCCGAAUUGUUUGUUUGGCAGAUUUCCUUAACAGUUACGAAGAUAAAAUGUAAAGUUUUACCAUGCGUUAUUUUCUUUUCAGGUAAGCCACAUGGUAUCAGAACUGCCCGUAAAUUUGUGAACCAUCGCCGAGAACAGAGAUGGCACGACAAAGAUUACAAGAAGGCUCAUUUGCCUUCCAGAUGGGUGAAACCCUUCCAGGGAUCUUCCCAUGCAAAAGGCAUUGUUCUUGAAAAAGUUGGAGUAGAAGCUAAGCAGCCAAACUCUGCUAUCAGGAAGUGUGUGAGAGUACAGCUGAUCAAAAACGGCAAGAAGAUCACAGCCUUUGUACCCAAUGAUGGUUGCCUCAACUUCAUCGAAGAAAACGAUGAGGUGUUGGUUGCUGGUUUUGGUAGAAAAGGUCACGCUGUAGGAGAUAUUCCCGGUGUCCGUUUCAAGAUCGUCAAGGUCGCCAACGUUUCACUGUGGGCACUGUUCAGAGGAAAGAAAGAACGACCAAGGUCUUAAGCUGUAAUAUUUGCUUAAUAAACCUUUGUACAAAGAAA